AUGUCGUUACAAGAGCGCGACAAACGGAGGAAGCAGAACACCAACAGGACCAGCAUCGGUCCCGAGUCGGAGCUGACGGCAAGCAUUGAACUCCACAGCACCAUACUCGGGAGCAGCUGCCCAUUAACCCGCGGAAUCCCCCAUCAAAAGGACCCCUUCCUUACCCGCGGGUGGCCUAACAUCCGGCACAUCCGUAGACAAAGACCCAUCGCAUGCUAUAAGCUUUCCAUGACGGGUGCUGCUGGUCUCGAGCCUGCCAGAGCCGUUCAAGUCCGGGCAACCAUGCUGUACAUGUGUCCUACAUUAGCUCAUCGUCUGUACGGCGAGCUCGCGAUUUUGAGAGAAUCCACUGCUCGCCCUCUAGUACUUUACAUCUUCGAAGAGCACCGAGUCGGUUCCGAAGGCUAG